AUUUCACAUCCUGGACGGUUUGAUGAUGGGGGGGGGGUGCUUUUCCCUCCAAAAGUCCAGAUGUUCCUGCAUGACCUGACAGGAGAGGAGGCCGUAAAAACAGACAUGAAGAAGCAGCAGCGACAGUAACGGAACGUUUCAGUCUGAAGCAGCAACAGGAACAGAAGAAGCUGGACUGAACUUCCAGACUGAAGCUCCUGGACUCCAGGAGUCACAGAACGAGCCUGAAAAAGAGCAUCAGUUCAGGUUUCAGCACAGGGGAGGGUCUCCACCUCCUCAGAGGAGUCUCCUCCUGAAAGCUCCUCACACAUCUCCGAGCUCCUCAUUCCAGCUCCGUCCCCCUCAGGAGACCCUCCACGCAUUCUCGCGCCCCGCCGCUCAUUCCUCAAAGCAGUGCGUGAAGUUUGGGAUAACCCGCAUCCACCCGCGACAUCCACGUGUCCAGGCGGGACACCGCGCGCGUGCGUGCCUCUCUGUUUGGAGGUGAAAGCCCCCACCUGCCCCGGAGGUACCUGCUCCAGUCGCCGCUCCGAGGUGCGUCGUGAGCUGUCAGCCGCGUGCACAGGUUCUGCCUGCUCUGGUUGAACCCGGUCCAGCUGCAUCUGUUAGAUCUGCAUCAGUAGGAGGAAGAUGAGACAGCUCCGAGCAUCAAGGGUCUUUGUUCUGCUGAGCCUGGUGGUCCUCGCCACAGCCAGACCGAGAGCAGGUCCAGAACAGAAGUGUAAGCCCGGCCCGCUGGAUCUGAUCUUCCUCAUCGACAGCUCCCGCAGCGUUCGGCCUCAUGAGUUCGAGACCAUGAGAAAGCUCAUGAUUGACAUCCUCAACAGCCUGGAGAUCGGACUGGACAGCACCAGAGUGGGAGUGGUGCAGUAUUCCAGCCAGGUCCGCAGCGAGUUCUCGCUGAAGACCCACGCAGACCUGGACAGCGUGGUGGCGGGCAUCAGGAGGAUCAUCCCCCUGGCUCAGGGCACCAUGACAGGACUGGCCAUCAGAUACAUGAUGAACGAGGCGUUCACGGUGGAGCAGGGCGACCGGCCAAAGGUCCCAAACGUGGCUGUGAUCGUGACGGACGGGCGUCCUCAGGACCGCGUGGCCGAGGUGGCCGCUGAAGCCAGACAGAGAGGCAUCGAGAUCUUCGCUGUGGGAGUGGCCAGAGCUGAUAUGACAUCCCUGAGGGCCAUGGCCUCCCCGCCCUUUGAAGAUCACGUCUUCCUGGAGGAGAGCUUUGACCUCAUCCACCAGUUUGGACUUCAGUUCCAGGAUGCGUUUUGUGGUCUGGAUCUGUGUAAGGAGAUGGACCACGGCUGCCAGCACGUCUGCGAGAACUCCCCGGGGUCCUUCCACUGCCUCUGCCACGAGGGCUACACUCUGAACCAGGACGGCAAGACCUGCACAGCCAUCGACCUCUGCGCUGAGGGCAAACAUGACUGUGAGCAGGUCUGCAUCAGCUCCCCCGGAAACUUCAGCUGCGACUGCAGCAGAGGAUACCAGCUGCAGGAGGACGGGAGGAGCUGCUCAAUGAUUGAGUACUGCUCAUUCGGGAACGACAGCUGCGAUCACAACUGUGUGAAUGUGCUCAACGGCUUUUACUGCUCCUGUAAGGAGGGACACCGGCUGCAGGACGACGGGAAGACCUGCCAGGCCAUUGACCUGUGCGCCGAGGGGAAACACGACUGCCAACAAGUCUGCAUGAACAUGGGCCCGGCCAUCUUCACCUGCGACUGCAACGAGGGAUACACGCUCAACGAGGACGAGAGGAGCUGCACUCCCAUCGACCUGUGUGCUGAGGGGAAGCAUGACUGCCAGCAGGUCUGCAUCAGCGCGCCUGGAGUGUUCACCUGUGACUGCCGCAAAGGCUUCAAACUCAACGACGACAAGAAGACCUGCACAAACAUGGAGAUGUGCAGCACGGUUCAGCACGGCUGUGAGUUUCAGUGCGUGAACACUCCUGGAUCUUAUUACUGCGUCUGUCCUGAGGGGCAGCUGCUGCAGGACGACGGCAAGAGCUGUGGUGCCUGCACGUCCGCCAACAUC